AUGCUUGGUCGAGCUGGUCGUCCACAAUAUGAGCCGAAGGGUAAAGGAAUCUUGAUUACUAACCAUUCCAAGCAGCAGUUGUAUCUCUCACUGAUGAAUCAGCAGCUACCCGUCGAAAGCCAUAUGUCUCGUCUUCCUGAUAUGCUUAAUGCCGAAGUAGUGUUGGGUACCAUCAGUAGUGUCAGCGACGCCCUGUCUUGGCUUGGUUACACAUAUCUCUACAUCCGUAUGCUAAAAUCGCCAACUUUAUAUGGAAUACCAAUCGAUCAAGCGUUAACUUCUAUGCUUUUGCUUACUCAUGUGCUGUAUAUGGUUGAUCGACAUGCGCAUGUAGUGACUUACUUCCAGAAAGCCGAUCUCCGUUUGGAACAGCGAUGA